AUGGCCGGUGCGGCUUGCAUACAGCUUUCCAAGGGUGAACCGUGGCAGCUGGAGCUCUGGCGGCUUCGGCUUGAGGACCUUCACUGCGCAAAAGCUCGACUGGGAGUUGAUCAUCGUGGACGACGGUUCCCCGAUGGCACCCAGGACGUGGCCAAGCAGCUCGUCAAGGCGUACAGCCCCCAUAUUGUCCUCAAGACUCGAACAGGAAAGCUCGGUCUCGGUACCGCCUACGUCCACGGCCUCCAAUUUGUCACGGGCAACUUUGUCAUCAUCAUGGACGCCGAUUUCAGCCACCACCCCAAGUUCAUCCCCGAGAUGAUUGCCCGCCAGAAGGAGGCCGACUACGAUAUUGUCACGGGAACACGGUACGCGGGCAAUGGUGGGGUCUACGGCUGGGACCUCAAGCGCAAGUUUGUCAGCAAGGGCGCCAACCUCUUCGCCGACACCGUUCUCCGCCCCGGCGUCUCUGACCUUACGGGAAGCUUCCGGCUGUACAAGAAGAGCGUGCUGGAGAAGGUCGUCGCGAGCACAGAGAGCAAGGGUUAUACCUUCCAGAUGGAGAUGAUGGUGCGCGCCAAGGGCAUGGGCUUCACGGUUGCUGAGGUGCCCAUCAGCUUCGUGGACCGCGUCUACGGAGAGUCGAAGCUCGGCGGCGAUGAGAUUGUCGAGUAUCUAAAGGGUGUUCUCAACCUCUGGUUGAAGGUUUAA